CCAACCCCGCCGGCGAGCGGCGGCCGCGGCGGCGACGGACGACCCACCGGCGGCGCUCCAGCUCCAGCCGGUCACGAAAGGCUCAGAUUGAUCCCAAUCCCAAGCCGAGCUCGUCGCUGGUCCCGCUUUUUCUCCGGAAAUCUCUCGACCUUCGCGCAAAACCGACGCUCGUAGCCGCCGCGGGGGGCGAACGACGGCGGCCCCAUCCCUCCGAGCUCCGGCCGCCUGCGGCGCCAGAUGGAAGGUGAGAGGAUUCUGGUAAGUUCUACGGAAGACGAUGGCGCGGUCGGGGUGGAGGUCGGAGAUUGUCAGGCCACAGCAGGAGAACCGGUACUGACGGAAGGAGAAAGACACGAAGAAGGAGAGGGUUUGCAGGAAGAGGAGGAGGAGGAGGAGGAGGAGGGGGGAGAAGAAGAGGAGGAUGAUGAUGACGAUGAUGGUGAUGGCGAUGGCGAUGGCGAGUAUGUUUUCCAAUUCGGAAGUGGAAUGGACCCACUAGAUUUCACGAAAGACGACGAUUCUGGACUCCAAACUUACCAGCAAUUCGAGCGCCUUGAGUAUGAAGCAUUGGCCGAGAAGAAACGAAAAGGCCUGGAUAGCUCACAAUUUGUUUUGGAAAGAUGCACAAAGAAGGCUCGUGUAGAGGACAACCCGGGAGCGACCUUUGAGGAGAUUAUGGAAGCAAUGAACUACGGUUAUCGUAGGAAAUCAAAAAAGACUAAGAAGAGAGGUAGGAGAAAAGGAUCGAGAAAUAAGCUUAGUUCUGAAAUCACACGAAUGCUCGGUGAUGCAACUCUUCACUAUGCCCGUGGUAACUAUGAUGAGGCCAUAUCAAUAUCGAGUCAAGUGGUCAGGCUAGCACCAAAUUUGCCUGAUCCAUAUGAUACACUAGGAAGGAUUUAUGAUGAUCUUGCCAAUGACAAAAAAGCAGUGGACUUUUACAUGAUUGCUGCACAUCUUAACCCAAAAGAUUCUUCAAUGUGGAAGCGUCUCUUCACCCGGUCCUUAGAACAAGGAAACAAUGGUCAGGCAAGGUAUUGCCUCUCUAAAGCCAUCACAGCAGACCCCAAAGAUGUUUCUCUGCUGUUUCACCAAGCGUCACUUCAUUCAAACCUUGGAGAUUAUCAAAAGGCUGCGGAAUUGUUUGAACAGAUACAAAAGAUUUGUCCUGAGGAUGUCGAAGCACUCCAGACUGGGGCAAAGUUGUACCUUAGAUGUGGCCAGCUUGAGCAUGCUAUCAGUAUUUUGGUUGAAUAUGUAAACAGUUAUCCAUCUGAAGCUGAUUUGAGCGUGGUUGAUCUGCUAGCCACGAUAUACAUGGAAAAUGAUGCAUAUGUUAAAGCUAUUCAGCUUUUUCAUUCUCACAGCCAGGAAAAGGCACUCCCUGCAAAUCUGGUUGUGAAAGAAGGAAUUUGUCAUCUUCAUCUUGGAAAUUCAGAGAAGGCAGAGACUCUCUUCAGUUUUUUGCAGAAGGGGAGCUCAUGUGACCAUGCAGACCUGAUUACUGAAACAGCAGAUACCUAUAUGAGUCUUGAGCAUUUUGACCGUGCAUUAAAGUUUUAUCAGAUGCUGGAGGGAAAUUUAGAGAAUAGCGGAUCUUACCAUCUGAAGAUUGCUCAGUGUUAUCAAGCAUUGAAAAUGAGGGAACAUGCAAUUUUGUCUUUCUAUAGAGGUUUGCAUCUACUUGAGGACAAUGUGGGUGCCCGCCUAACAUUAGCUUCACUGCUCCUUGAAGAUGAUAAAGUAGAUGAGACCAUUUCACUACUAUCUCCUCCUGAAAAUCCAGGCCCAGGGGAUGUGGAUUCUGACAAUCAUAGACCAUGGUGGGAUAAUGGAAAAGUGAGGUUAAAGCUUUGCAGCAUAUAUAGAGCAAAAGGAAUGAUUAAAGACUUUGUUGAUGCAAUCUUACCACCGGUUCGUGAGUCACUUUAUAUCGAAACUAUUCGGCAGAAGGUUAAAACAAAAAAAAGACUCCCGAGAAGGGUUCUCUUUGAAAGAGCCAAAAUUCUGGAUGAUCAGCAGAAUGAUAACGUAUUUUCUGGCUUCCGGCCGCUUGCUCCCAGCUCAGAUCUGUCAAGGGCUGUUAGAGCCAGAAGGUUGCUUCGAAAGAGGGCAACACUGAAGGAAGAAAGAAAAGCUGCCGCUGUUGCUUCAGGCGUCGAUUGGUGCAGUGAUAAUUCAGAUGAUGAUGAACUGGUAGAAGAUCACCCGCAAAAAACCAUGAGAGAACCCCCCUUGCAGAAUAUUUGGAAAGAUGAGCAGCAUCAUCUUCUUAUACUAGAUUUGUGUAAGGCCUUGGCAUCCUUGAAAAGGUAUUGGGAUGCCCUAGAGAUUAUUGAUCUCAUUUUGAGAUUGGCUCACAAUGUACUUCCUUUGGAUAAGGAGGAGGAGCUUCGGUCACUUGGAGCACAAAUAUCAUACAACACCACAGACCCAAAACAGGGAUUUGAUUGGGUAAGGCAAGUUGUGCAGCAGCAUCCCCACAGUCUGGUUGCCUGGAAUUGCUUUUACAAGAUGAUUUCAAGCAUGGAGAAAGACUAUAAAAAAUAUUCGAAGUUUUUGCGUAAUUUGCGUGUCAAACAUGCGGAUUGUGUACCACCUAUUCUCAUUACUGGGCAUCAGUUUACAAUUAGUAGCCACUACCAAGAUGCUGCAAGGGAAUACCUAAAGGCCUAUAAGCUGCUCCCUGACAGUCCCUUAAUCAAGCUCUGUGUUGGAACUUCUCUGAUUAACUUGGCGCUUGGUUUCAGACUUCAAAACAAGCAUCAAUGUAUUACGCAAGGGUUGGCAUUUCUAUUCAAGAACUUGCCGCAGAGUGAAAAUAGCCAGGAAGCAUUGUACAACAUUGCGCGGGCAUUUCAUCAAGUCGGGCUAGUAACGCUUGCGGCUUCGUAUUAUGAGAAGGUGCUCGCCACACGAGAAAAAGACUGUCCUCUCCCGAAACUCCCGUACGAGAAUCGGUUCCAUGCGGAAAACGCGAAGCCUAUUUCUUGUGAUCUUCGGAGAGAAGCUGCUUACAACUUGCAUCUGAUCUACAAGAAGAGCGGAGCCUCUGAUCUUGCAAGACAGGUCUUGAAAGACUACUGCUCAUUUUGACUUGCUGUUUAUAUGUCCUGGAUUAGCUUAGCUAAUCAAGAAAUACAGGAGGCAGGGAUCAAUUAUGUUAGCAUCAGGUUGCUCUUAUGUACAGCCAUGCUCUGUGUAAGGUAGCUUUUGGUAAUUAUCUAAUGUUUCUGAAAAUUUCAUAGGUUUCUGCAUUAAUUAUUCGUUGAAUGUUUCCGUAAUUUCCUGUUUAAUUCAUAGUCUGUCGACGACACUA